AGAUCUCAGUAUUGUAAUCUAGUUUUGUAUAUUCAAUGACGGUUGUUGAAGUCAACCGCCGGAAUUCAACGGAGAUGCUAUGCUACUAGCCUCAAUACAUGAAUAUGCAUAGCCAUCUCGAGACAACUCCGAUAUAGUGUUUUUUUGUCAAAGUUGGCGGGGUGUAACGUGUCCUACUUAUAUCAAUACACUAGUAACAACUUAAGCGUUAUGAAACGUAUAUUUGAUCAAGUAAAACUCACAUAGCAAAUAAGCCAUACAUUUUGUGUUUACCAAAUUCGACACCCAUUUACUGCCACACAGAAACUUGCUUGGAGGGCAAAACACCGAAAGAAAAAAAACACCUGCUGGAGGGGGACCGAUUUUCCGCUGAGUUGGGCCUCUCUCUUGUUCUCUGGAGAGUGAGACCAGUUCGAACCAUUUAAUGGGCGCGCCAUGCUCUGCUCCGAUCCUCGCAACAUUCUAACUAAUCAUGGAACGGGAUUGGACUGCGAGGACCAGGGAAAAACUUGUUCAGUGGAUUUUAUAGAUGUUCUUGACAGAUUCGGUGGAUGCCAUGCGUUUUAAACCAUGGCAUUACAAAUGCUUUGGCCGUGGAUAUGUUUUCUAUCACACGUUCCAGUAAUUGCAUGUUUUGAUGUACACGUUUCGGAUACUCGGCAGCCUGGAGUAGUGCUCGGAAAUGUAUCUCUUGGACGGGGUUGGAUCUAUCAAAUAGACAGGACUUUAACUCCUAAAUACGCUAGACACAUUUUCAAUAUCGAGAGACAACACGGAAUUGUAUAUUUCUCAGGAAUAGUUAAUUGUGCGCUGUUGCAGAAGAACCCCGCGCCGCUUUACAUUCAGAUCAAAUCAAGUACCUCGGAUAACUUUAUUUUAAUUCACUUCAAUACUUUUGUGCACGGACAUAAUUGUUUCAUUAAAUAUAGGAGAAAGAUAAACGAAGGUAAGCUCAAGAUUUACAUGAACAUUCUCUCAACAGUAGAGACAUAUCCAUUCGUCUCAAAUAGUAUUUUGCUUUUGAACAUUUAUGAACAUUUACCACUUUUUACUCGAAAACCUCACUCUUACCUUUCGUUAUGUAAGGGAGGGAACUGGAAAGUAGUUUUUGAUAACGGGAGUGUUUUGCCAAACUGUCUGCAACCCAAUGAGCGAAACGAGUUGGAUUUAUUCUGCAGGGUGCAACAUCUUUGGAAUUACACUACUGUUCGUGUGAAAGUGCGAUUUAAUUCUCUUCAUAGUCAUGCCAUGUUUACAGACGGGGAUUUGGGUAGACUGGGUUCAUGGACCAAACGUAAAAAAAGAAAUGUGAAUACCGCUCCCCAGUUUCAACUACCCAACUAUCAGGUGUCUGUCCCGGAGAAUGAACCGGCGGGAACUCGCGUAAUUACGCUCAAAGCACUGGAUACCGAUGAUGCUGGUGAAGUAGAAUAUGAUAUUGAUGCACUGUUCGAUAGCAGGUCCAAUGAUUAUUUCAAAAUCAAUUUGCAGACCGGCAGCAUUACAACGUUGCAGCCUUUGGACAGGGAGGUCAAGGACACACAUAUCUUCAAAGUUAUUGCUACAGACAAUGGCACCCCUAAGAGGUCGGCCACUGCUUACCUCACUGUCACUAUAAGUGACACUAAUGAUCAUGGGCCUGUGUUUGAGCAGACAGAGUACAGGGUCAGCAUUAGGGAAAAUGUGGAGAUAGGUUUUGAAGUGUUGACUAUCAGGGCCACAGAUGGGGAUGCCCCAUCAAAUGCCAACAUGAUCUAUAAGAUUGUGAAUGAGGGGGAAGAUAAUGCUGGUUUUGAAAUCGAUCCUAGAAAUGGACUAGUCAAGAUUAGGGUUCGGCCUGACAGAGAAACCUUGACCCAGUAUCAACUGAUAGUGGAGGCUAAUGACCAGGGUAAAGACCCAGGCCCCCGCAGUGCCACGGCUACAGUGUAUAUCUCUGUGGAGGAUGAGAAUGAUAACUACCCCCAGUUCAGUGAAAAUAGGUAUGUAGUCCAGGUGCUUGAGAGCGUGGCAGGGAACACCAAAGUGGCCCAGGUGAAGGCCACAGACAAAGACGAUGGCAACAAUGCAAAAGUCCACUACAGCAUCAUCAGUGGCAACGUGAAGGGCCAGUUCUACAUCCAUUCCCCUACAGGUGUCAUUGACAUAAUCAACCCUCUAGAUUAUGAGAUGAUCAGGGAAUAUAAUUUGAGAAUAAAGGCACAGGAUGGAGGAAGACCACCUCUGAUUAAUGGCACAGGGAUGGUUGUAGUGCAAGUUGUGGAUGUCAACGAUAAUGCCCCUAUGUUUGUUAGCACACCCUUUCAAGCCACAGUAUUGGAAAAUGUGGCCGUUGGUUGUUCUGUGAUCCAUAUUCAGGCUAUUGAUGCAGACUCCGGUGACAACUCUCAUUUGGAGUACAGAUUAACAGCUAUGGCUCCAGGCUUCCCCUUCAUCAUCAACAACAGCACAGGGUGGAUUACAGUUAGUGUAGAACUGGACAGGGAGACCACCGACUUUUACACAUUUGGCGUUGAAGCAGUUGAUCAUGGGGUCCCUGUCAUGUCUUCCUCGGCCAGCGUCAGUGUGACGGUGCUCGACGUGAACGACAACGUUCCCACUUUCACUCAGAGGUUGUAUAGCCUGAAGAUGAAUGAGGAUGCUUUGGUAGGUAUGAGCGUGCUAGCACUCUCUGCCAUAGAUCGGGACGCCAACAGUGUGGUAACAUACCAGAUUUCCAGCGGCAACACGCGGAACAGGUUCGCCAUCACCAGUCAGACUGCAGGGGCAGUCAUCACCUUAGCACUGCCACUGGACUACAAACAGGAGCACCAGUAUGUCCUGACGGUGACCGCCUCGGAUGGCACGCGUUACGACACAGCACAGGUCUUUAUCAACGUCACUGAUGCCAACACCCACCAGCCCGUGUUCCAGAGCACCAACUACCAGGUGAUGAUCGGCGAGGACCGGCCUGUGGGCUCCACCGUGGUGGUGAUCAGUGCCACGGACGAGGACACCGGGGAGAACGCACGCAUCAGCUAUGUAAUGGAGGACAACGUGCCACACUUCAAGAUCAACCCUGACACAGGUGCCAUAACCACACAGAUAGAAAUCGACUAUGAGGAUCAGGCCUCCUACACGCUAGCUAUCAUUGCCCGCGACAACGGCAUCCCCCAGAAAUCUGACACCACAUAUGUGGAGAUCAUCGUUCUGGAUGCUAACGAUAAUGCGCCACAGUUCCUCAGAGACAUAUACCAGGGGACAGUGUUUGAGGAUGCACCUGUGUAUACCAGCAUCCUCCAGAUUUCUGCAUCUGACAGGGACUCAGGGUCCAAUGGGAGACUUAGUUACACUUUCCAGGGUGGGGAUGAUGGAGAGGGUGACUUCUUCAUUGAGCCGUACUCUGGCAUUAUUAGAACAGCCAGGAAACUUGACAGGGAGAAUGUGCCUGUGUACAAUCUGAAGGCCUUUGCUGUGGAUAAGGGGUUUCCGCCGCUUAAGGCAUCCAUGGACGUCCAAGUGUCCGUCCUGGACAUCAACGACAAUGCUCCUGUGUUUGAAAAGGACGAACUGUACGUCUAUGUGGUGGAGAACAGUCCUGUGGGUUCCAUUGUAGCCCGCAUCACUGCUACAGAUCCUGACGAGGGAACCAAUGCGCAAAUCCUGUUCCAAAUCGUAGAAGGAAACGUCCCAGAGGUCUUCCAACUAGACAUCUUCAACGGAGAUCUUAUCGCUCUCACUGAUUUAGACUACGAGUCCAAGAUAGAGUACACCAUCAUUGUCCAGGCGACCUCUGCACCGUUAGUCAGCCGCGCCAUUGUGCACAUCCGCCUGCUGGACGUCAACGAUAAUGACCCUGUCCUACGCGACUUUGAGAUCAUCUUUAACAACUACGUCACCAACAGGUCCAACAGCUUUCCGGCUGGGGUGAUCGGGAAGGUUCCUGCCCAGGACCCGGAUGUGUCAGAUAACCUCCAGUACAAUUUUGUGGAGGGCAACGAGCUGAGUCUACUAAUCCUGAAUAAGGACAACGGGGACUUGAGGCUGAGCAGAGACCUGGACAACAACCGGCCCCUUGAGGCCACCAUGAAGAUAUCAGUCACAGACGGUGUCCACCGUGUCACGGCCCUCUGCACCCUGCGUGUCACCAUCAUCACCGAYGACAUGCUGACCAACAGCAUAACGGUGCGCCUUGAGAACAUGUCCCAAGAGCUCUUCUUGUCCCCGCUGCUCGCCCUCUUCAUGGAGGGCGUGGCAGCGGUCCUGUCCACCCGCCCUGAUGGCGUCUUCGUCUUCAACAUCCAGAAGGACACACACGUCCAGGGGAGCAUCCUCAACGUCACCUUCUCCGUCCUGCACCCUACUGGGGGAUCCGGGGGCACCAUCCCCUCUGGACCUUUCUUCCCCUCAGAAGCCCUGCAGGAGCAGAUUUAUCUGAACCGGACUCUGCUCACCUUGGUGUCCAGCCAGCGUGUGCUACCCUUUGACGAUAACAUCUGCCUCCGCGAGCCCUGUGAGAACUACAUGAAGUGUGUGUCGGUGCUGAGGUUCGACAGCUCGGCACCCUUCCUGUCCUCGGAUACGGUGCUGUUCAGGCCUAUCMACCCGGUGACGGGGCUGCGCUGCCGAUGCCCAGCAGGUUUCACGGGGGACUACUGUGAGACGGAGAUUGACCUGUGCUACUCGGGUCCCUGCCAGAAUAACGGCAAGUGCCGGAGCAGGGAAGGCGGGUACACUUGUGCGUGUCCGGAGGACUUCACCGGUGAGCAUUGUGAGGUGAACUCCCGCUCUGGCCGUUGCGUCCCGGGGGUGUGUAAGAACGGGGCCAGGUGUGUGGAUCUCCUGGUGGGGGGGUUUGUGUGCCAGUGCCCCCCAGGGGAGUACCAGAAACCCUAUUGUGAGAUGAGCACCCGCAGCUUCCCUGGCCAGUCCUUCAUCACCUUCAGAGGGCUACGGCAGAGGUUUCACUUCACWGUGUCCUUCAUGUUUGCCACCAGAGAGAAGAAUGCCCUGCUGCUUUACAACGGAAGGUUUAACGAGAAGCACGACUUCAUCGCCUUGGAGAUCAUCGAGGAACAAAUCCAGCUCACCUUCUCAGCAGGAGAAGCCAAAACCACCGUAUUGCCCUUUGUCCUGAGUGGGGUCAGUGAUGGUCAGUGGCAUAGAGUACAGCUACACUACUACAACAAGCCCAAUAUUGGUCGCCUUGGCAUCCCCCACGGACCAUCAGGAGAGAAGGURGCAGUCGUUGCUGUGGACGACUGCGACAUCGCCAUGGCAAUUGGCUUUGGUGGCCAGAUCGGGAACUACUCUUGUGCCGCCCAGGGCAUACAGACAGGACAGAAGAAGUCCCUGGACCUGACCGGUCCACUACUUCUGGGCGGUGUUCCCAACCUGCCGGAGGAUUUCCCCGUCCGGAACCGAGACUUUGUGGGCUGCAUGAGAGACCUGACUAUAGACAGCAAGCCUGUGGACAUGGCCAGUUAUGUGGCCAACAACGGCACGGCCGCAGGGUGCACAGCGAAGAAGGACUUCUGCACUCAACGUGUGUGUCUGAAUGGAGGAGUCUGUGUGAACAAGUGGAGCACGUACUCCUGUGGCUGUCCCCUGGGUUACGGAGGGAAGAACUGUGAACAAGUCAUGCCCUCCCCGCAACACUUUGACGGCCAUGCACUGGUGUGGUGGCGAGAGCCAGAGGUCACCAUCAGUGUGCCCUGGUACAUGGGCUUGAUGUUCAGAACCAGGCAGAGCUCUGGCACCUUGCUGCAGGCCAACGCUGGGGACUUCUCCAAGAUACACCUCCUGAUCAGCGGCAGACAUGUGCGUUUCCAGGUGUUCCUGGGGGUGAAGCGGGUUGCCCUGCUGGACUUCUCUCAGGUCAGGGUAAACGACGGGGAGUGGCACCACGUCCUGGUGGAGCUGAAGAGUAUCAAAGACGGGAAGGACAUCAAAUACAUGGCACUGGUAUCACUGGACUACGGCAUGUUCCAGAGGUCAGUGGAGAUAGGCAACACGCUACCAGGCCUGAGGCUGAGGAGUCUGUUUGUGGGGGGGCUGAGGAAGAAGGAUGGGACGGUCCAGAGCGGACUCAAGGGCUGCAUGCAGGGCGUGCGGAUGGGCGAGACGUCCACCAACCUGGCCAACGUCAACAUGCUUCAGGGUCAGAAGGUCAGAGUGGAGGAUGGUUGUGAGGUGGCCAACCCCUGCACCCCUAACGUCUGYCCUGAGCACAGCCGCUGCACCGACAACUGGAGCUCACACACCUGCAUGUGCCACCCCGGGUACUUUGGGAGGGACUGUGUGGACGCGUGUUUCCUGAAUCCCUGUCAGCAUGUGUCCACCUGCGUCCACCAGCCCAGCUCCCCUCACGGCUACGGCUGCCAGUGUGGUCACAACUCCUACGGACAGUACUGCCAGAACAAAGCCAACCUACCCUGUGCUCGCGGCUGGUGGGGGAACCCUAUCUGUGGCCCCUGUAACUGUGAUAUCAGCAAAGGUUUCUACCGAGACUGCAACAAGACCACUGGGGAGUGCCGCUGUAAGGAUAACUACUACCGGCCCGAGGGAGGGGACACUUGCUACUCCUGUGAGUGUUUCCAGCUUGGCGCCAUGUCGCGCUCCUGCCACCCCCACACGGGCCAGUGUCAGUGCAGGACCGGCGUGAUCGGGCGCCAGUGUAACCGCUGUGACAACCCCUUUGCCGAGGUCACCUCCAGCGGGUGCAUGGUUGUAUAUGAGGGCUGUCCCAAGGCCUUUGAUGCAGGGAUCUGGUGGCCAACGACCCAGUUUGAACAACCUGCUGCCAUGAAGUGUCCCAAGGGAUCCACUGGCACGGCCAUCCGCCACUGCAGCGAUGAGAAUGGCUGGCUGCCUCCCAAUCUCUUCAACUGCUCCUCUAUCACCUUCUCUCAGCUGAAAAAAGAGGACGAGGAGUUGCACCUCAACAGCUCCAGGAUGGAUGGUGAGAGGUCAAAGGGCAUGGCCAGCAUGCUGCGGAGYGCCACCAACCGCACGGAAGACCUCCAGGGCAACGACGUGAAGACGGCCUACAGCCUCCUGACCCGCCUGCUGCAGUACGAGAGCCAACAGCUGGGCUUCGACAUGGCCACAACAAGAGACAUUCACUUCCAUGAGAACAUGGUCCGAGCGGGCAGUGCCAUCCUGGACCCUGCUAACAGAGGACACUGGGAGCAGAUCCAGCGUUCSGAAGGUGGCACAGCUCUACUACUGCACAGCUUUGAGGAGUACGCCCAAGCCCUAGCCCAAAACAUGAGGAAGACCUACCUGAAACCUUUUACUGUUGUCACGGAAAACAUGAUUGUUUCUUUGGAUUACUUGGACCCGUCCAGGCCAGAACGGACAAACAUCCCGCAUUUCCAAGAGAUCCAGGAGGCCUAUUCCAAAGAAAUGGAAUCUUCUGUCCGCUUCCCAGAAUUCCCAACACAGCAAGAGCAGCCAGAAGAGGUUAAAGCAGUCUCGAUAGCAGCAGCCACAGACGCAACAGCCAUAAACGCGCCCCCUGUCCAGGCUGAAUCCACCACCGUGGGUCACCAGGUGUCUGCCAAGAAAAUGCGUCGUCACGCUGAGGUCCCAGGCCCUCUCCCUGUUGCSGUGGUGAUCAUCUAUAGGACCCUGGGACAGCUACUGCCUGAGAACUACGACAUUGAUCGCAGGAGCCUGAGACUCCCCAAGCGGCCCAUCAUCAACACACCUAUUGUGAGCACGGUGGUCUACAGCGAGGGGGUGCACUCGACCCCUCUUCUGGCACAGCCCAUCACACUCGAAUACACACUACUGGAGACAGAGGAGAGGACCAAACCUGUCUGUGUCUACUGGAAUCAUUCYAUCCCGUUUCAAAGAACGGGAGGCUGGUCUGCCAAGGGGUGUGAGCUKGUGUUCAGGAACAGAACCCACAUCAGCUGCCAGUGCAGUCACAUGUCCAGCUCUGCUGUGCUCAUGGACAUCUCCAAGAGAGAGCAUGCAGAGGUCCUGCCCCUGAAGAUCAUCACCUACACCACAGUGUCAGCCUCGCUGGUGGCCCUCCUCAUCACCUUCCUCCUGCUGGCCAUUCUCCGGAAGCUCCGCUCUAACCUCCACAGCAUACACAAGAACCUGGUGGUGUCAAUCUUYCUCUCCCAGCUCGUCUUACUCUUCGGAAUCAACCAGACUGAAAAUGCGUUCAUGUGUACAGUGGUAGCYAUCCUGCUCCACUACUUCUACAUGUGUGCRUUUGCCUGGAUGUUGGUGGAGGGCCUCCACAUCUACCGCAUGCUGACUGAAGUCAGGAAUAUCAACCAUGGCCGCAUGAGGUUUUACUACGUCAUUGGCUGGGGCAUUCCUGCCAUUAUCACCGGCCUGGCAGUAGGAUUGGACCCUGAGGGCUAUGGGAACCCAGACUUCUGUUGGCUUUCUGUCCACGACACACUCUUCUGGAGUAUCGCUGGGCCCAUCGCUAUAGUAGUACUGGUCAACAUUGCUUUAUUCUUCAUGGCCGCCAAGGCCUCAUGCGGAAAGAGACAGUGGACAUUUGAGAAGUCUGGAGCAAUCUGUUCCCUACAUGUAGCCUUCCUCCUCCUGCUGCUCCUCAGUGCUACCUGGCUCCUGGGCCUCAUGGCGGUCAACAGUGACAUCCUCUCCUUACACUACCUCUUCGCCAUCUUCAACUGUCUUCAGGGUGUGUGCAUAUUCUUCUUCCACUGUUGUUUUGCAACAGGAGGUGAGGCCAACCUGAAAGAAACAUUCCUCACAGGGAGGAAUUCCAUAGUGGAGGGAGCCUCUGCCACCCGCUCCACUCUCCUCACACGUUCAUUGAACGCCAAGCAUUCGUACACAGAGGAGGACAGUCUGUACCGCACGGCCAUCGGAGAGUCCACUGCCUCCCUGGACAGCACAGUUAGAUCAGUCCGCAGCUUCAGCAGAAGCCAGGCCAGGUGACUU